AUGUACAAAUCUUUUAAAAAGUAAUUAAAAGAGACAUAUUCUACAUAAAUAAUUUAAUAAUUGUAGAGUCUUCAAGCAAAUCUUUAAAGCUAAAAAAGUAGUUAGAAACUUUCUUUAACCAUUAGCACUCUUAUAAGGUAGUAUAAGGGAUAGAAAAUAGAAGAAGUUUAAAUCGAUUAUGAUUCGCUAUUUAGUAAAGUAUCGAAGUCAUAGGUGGAAUGCUUGAACUCACUUUUAACUGAUUUUUAAAAUAUAUUUGCAAUUAAAUCUGUUGAAGUAGAAAAAAAUGUAAAAGAAACUAAGGAUAUAAUAUAUAGGCAUUUAAAUUUAGAACAAGUUGUUUAAGAAGAAGAAUAGUAAAGGAAUGUAAUAAAAAAUAUAGAAGUAAGUCAGAAUAAUUUACUUGAUCGAUUAAAGGCAGCUGAAGAAGAUAAGUUAGAAGCAUAGAAUCAGCUAAAAACCUUGUAAGAUAAAUUUUUUACUCUCUAAGAAUAAGAGAAGAUCUUCUUUUAUAAACUAGAAUAAAAAAAGAAGUUUAAUGUCGAAUCAAAGAGAUAAUUCCUUCAUAAAAUUCAAAAUUUAAACGAAAAACAGAUACAAAUAAAGUUCUUUGAAGAACAGAGAAUUAAAUUAUUAGAUGGUAUAAGCUCACAAGAAUUUUUAUGUGAAGAGCCUUUAAACACUAAUUAAAAUGGUAUUCUAAUUAUAGAUCAAUAAAAAUAGCAAUAAGAUGAAGAUAUAGCUCUUACUUUGAUAAACUAUGAAUAAAAUAAUAAAUCAAACUAAGAUAUUUAAUUUAAAGAUGAUCGAGCUGAAAAAAGUUUUUUGAUUGAAGAAAACAGCAUAGAAGCAAAAGAAAUGCAAACAGAAAUAGACUUAGCCUAAAAAUAAAAAUAUAUCUUUUUAGAGAAAUAAAAAUUAUUGCUAUAAUAGAAAUAAGAUGAAUAUUCUGAUAUAUAUUCUAAAGAUAUUCAGCAACUUUAGAUAAACUUGUAGGAAAUUGAAUAAAAAAAAGAAGAGUGUUCAAUGGAAUUAGAGAAGGCGAAAAUAAAUUAUUCAGAAAAGGUGGAAAAUUUAAAAAAUCUGUAAUAAGAGCAAUACAAAAAUGAGGAUUUGAAAUAUUCAGAAAAGAAAAAAUUGUUAGACAUUUAUAAAAAGUCUCCAAUAAAGAAAAAAAUACUUAUUUUCUGA